ACUCCGCUUCACACAGUGAUGUUCGUGUGCCCCCGCGCGUUCUCUUCGUGAAAGUGCGACGUGCACGCCGGGCGCGCGCCCCCGCCGCCUGCGUGCCUGCGUGCGUGCGCGCCGCCGCCGCCGCCGAGCCUUGCAGCCUAGUUCUGUGUUGAGGUCGGGGGAAGUGAGGCGGGUCGCGGGGGAGAAGAGCGUCGCUUUCCCUCCAGAAGAGCCGCUCCGGACACGGGCUGUGGUGCGGCCGGCAUGUUCGUGGCGCGGAGUAUCGCGGCGGAGCACAAGGACCUCAUCCACGAUGUGUCCUUCGACUUCCACGGCAGGAGGAUGGCGACGAGCUCCAGCGACCAGUCUGUGAAGGUGUGGGACAAAAGUGAGGAUGGAGAGUGGCAUUGCACUGCCAGUUGGAAAACUCACAGUGGGUCAGUGUGGCGUGUGACGUGGGCCCAUCCAGAGUUCGGCCAAGUGCUGGCCUCCUGUUCCUUCGACCGGACAGCUGCCAUUUGGGAGGAGCUCGUGGGCGAGUCGAACGACAAACAGCGUGGGCAGAGGCACUGGGUCAAGAGGACCACGUUGGUAGACAGUCGGACGUCAGUAACGGAUGUGAAGUUCGCACCCAAACACAUGGGUCUCGUGGUGACGACGUGCUCAGCGGAUGGUGUGGUGCGGAUCUAUGAGGCGCCGGAUGUGAUGAACUUAAGCCAGUGGUCUCUGCAGCAUGAGAUCUCCUGCAAGCUGAGCUGCAGUUGCAUCUCGUGGAACCCCUCUAGUUCCCGAGCCCAUCCCCCGAUGAUCGCAGUGGGCAGUGAUGACAGCAGCACCACUUACAGCGGGAAGGUUCAGAUCUACGAAUAUAAUGAAAAUACAAGAAAGUACGCCAAAGCAGAGACCCUGACGACAGUCACAGACCCGGUGCAUGACGUUUCCUUCGCUCCAAACCUCGGGCGCUCCUUCCACGUGCUGGCGGUGGCCUCCAAGGAUGUGCGAAUCUUUAAACUGAUACCUCUCAGCAGGAAGGAGAGUAUCCCUACAGGACCCACCAGGUUUGAGGUGCAGGUGGUGGCACAGUUUGACAGCCACAACUCCCAGGUGUGGAGAGUGAGCUGGAACAUCACCAGCACCCUUUUGGCUUCCUCCGGGGAUGAUGGCUGUGUUCGGCUCUGGAAAGCCAACUAUAUGGACAACUGGAAAUGCACAGGUGUCCUGAAGGGGGACGGCAGUCUAGUGAACGGAGCACCCAGUCAAGCGAGCUCCCUUAGCUCAUCAGUGGGAACUCCUACUCAGGGCUCCCUGAACGGGACUUCUGCUGGUCGGACUGGAACGAGGACCUCUUUCUCCCCUCCGAUGCCAGGACUGCAAUCUCCAAAGAUACACCAGCACACUGCGUACUACUAAUCCCUGAAAGCCACAACGGGUGGUUGACCGUGUGCUUACCGCCUGGUGCUCAGUGUGGCCCUGUUCUUCUGAAAAUCUGAAUGGAGGUGCUCUUUUGUGUCUGGACUACGUCUGAACACUGCCCACAAGACGUACUCCAGCAGCAACGUGUCUACUGUGUUCUGACAUCUGUUGAUUGGGUGUUUCUUGCUUGAGCAGUUGCCUAACUCUGUAAGCAGUAUUUUUACAUUCAUGUCUAGAUUUCUUUUAAAACUUUGUAUUUGCCUUAAAGAUGCAAUACAUUUGUUUUGUUUGUGCUCUUUUACCUAAAACAUGUUUGUAUCUCCUUUAAUCUUGAGUUGAUAAUGGGUUUAAAGUGAUUAAAUGUUUAUCAACAUUCCAGUUAAAAACUCAAUACACUGAAUAACAGAAGCCUUUUCUGUUUGCAAAAAAGCACAUUUCUGCAAUACUUUACUCUUUCAUGUUGUAUAUUUUACCUCUCUGAUUAAAGAUUUUUGGGCUAUUCAUUUUCAGUAAAGAAAAA